GAAGCUCGUAGUGAUCAUAUUGGGUGACUGCACAGUCAUCCCCAAGCUGACUCCUCGAGGAUUGAAAAAUUAGCAGUGCUUAUUAGAGGUCGUUUUCUACUUGUUGUAGUUCACAUUUGUACAUAUUAAAAUCAUCAUUGCGUAUAGAGUACGCCAUUCAACUCCCAUUCACUUCAUUACUGUUGGCGCCAGCAGUCCGAAAUCUUGUUUACUUUUUCCUGAAUGGAUUCUUUGGCUGACAUCUCGGCGACGUCGAAGGAGCAAGCGAGCCACAAAGCGAAUCAAGACGCUGCAGACCUUUAUGAUGCCCGUACUCGCCUACGGAUAAUGACAGACAAUCAAGUGGUCCUAUUGGAUAUGUACAAAGAAAGCGCAAAGCUACUAAGCGACACCACGAAAGAAUUAAAUGAGUUGCGCGCAAAUUACAAGGCAGUACUGAACAAACUGGACAUGUCUGAACGAGAAACGAAAAGAAUGCUGGAUAUGAAGCAAAAAGCUGAUAGCGAGAAGGAAGCUAUUCGCCAGGAAUCAGCGAGAGCUUUCUCACAAGCUGAUGAGGCACGUCAACGACUCCAAAUUGACCAUCAACAACUUCAACAAGUUCAUCGGUCCACCAUGGAAAGAAGCGCAAAAAGCCGAAAAGAGAUGGAAAAUGAAAUGAUCCAACUGAUACAGCAACUUGAUGCAGAGCGAAAGAAAGUGCUUCUAAUGAAUAUGGAAAAAGGUCAACAGGAAGUGGCCUUCAUGACUCUUCAACAACGAUUUCUUGCGCUUGAGCGAAUGGCCACCGAGCUAACUAGUGAAACCCCAAAUAACCAUCCAUCUCCUUCAUAAGAAGUUUGCAUAUACCCUACGUCUUUUGGUUAUUUCCAGCGUGUAUAAACAUGUCUUUUAUAUUUUUUGACAGUUGCUGCAAAAAAAAAAAAAUGAUAAGC